AUGAACUUCAUAAAGAAGUAUUGGGGAGAAAUUGGUCCUGAGUUUACUGCAGCUGUCAUGGAUUUCUUCCAGUCAGCUGAGCUACCAAGAGAUUCUAAUGUUACAUGGGUGGCUCUGGCUCCGAAGUUUGUGGGAGCAAGGGAGAUUAAAGAUCUUUGGCCGAUUAGUAUGGUAGGGUGUGUGUAUAAGGUCAUUUCAAAGGUGUUGGUGCAAAGAAUGAGAAAGGUAAUGCCAGACUUAGUAGGGAAGACUCAGAGUGUAUUUGUGCAGGGUAGGAAGAUUCAUAAUGGGGCUUUGAUUGCGUGUGAAACUGUGCAAUGGUUGAAGCAAAGAAAAAAGAAAUCGGCAAUAAUCAAAUUGGAAUUUCAAAAAACUUACGAUAGAGUCAAGUUGAAGUUUGUGGAUAUUGUACUUCAGAAAAUGGGCUUUCGGCAAAGAUGGCGAGGGUGGAUCAAGGAAUGUGUGUGCACGGCGUCUAUGUCGCUUGAUAAAUGGCUCGCCUUCUAA